ACUGGCAGAUAUAACCACCAGUCUCUCUUUCUCUCUCUGCGCUUAAACCCUAAUUUACCAGAGCUGGUUGAAUGUAGACUGGGGUGAGAAGUAAGUGUGAACUGUGGGAAUACUGAGAGAGAGAGAGAGAGAGAGAGAGAGAGUAUUGAAAAUGAUACAGCUAUUCUUCUCGGCGAUACUGGGGGAAAUGGUGGUGAUCCUGAUCCUCCUCUUCAAUACCCCUCUGAGGAAGCUCGCGGUCAUGGCGUUGAACCGCCUGAAGCGAGGUGCUGGGCCUCUCGUCGCGAAAACCGUCGCCGGGGUCGUCUUCCUCAUGAUGUCGACCACCGUCUACAACAUUACCGAAAUCCAUAGCCGUCCGAUCGAGUCCCUCAAUCCCACGGACCAGAUCCUCCUCGGCAGGCAUAUGCUUGAAGCUUCUCUUAUGGGAUUUUUGCUGUUUCUCUUGCUAGUGAUUGAUAGACUACACCACUACAUAAGGGAAUUUCGCAUACUCAGGAAAACCAUGGAGGCUGCAAAGAAGCAAAACCGAGCUAUGGAAGAUGCAAAAAGUGGCAGUUCAGACGAGCUCAAAGUCUUGGAUGAGGAGAUCUCCUCAUUGAAAACAAAGAUCAAGCAGCUGGAAUCUGAAUGUGAAUCAAAAGGGAAAGAGGUGAAGGCUGCAGAAGCCGACAUAUGAUCGCUUGCUUACCGGAGGAGAAUCAAACUUCCAAAAUCAGCUGCAGCCAAUUGACCGGAGCUUGUCUGAUUCUGAUAGCAAGAAGAUCACAUAAGCUAACAACCAAUUUACUUGUACUCUGUGAGUGAAACUCUGAAGAUCAGUUCAGAAGUGCCAAAACUGGUUGAAGCAAUAGUCCGUCUUUUAUGCAUUUGGUAAUGUGGCUAUAGUUUCUGGGAAACAUGUUUGAUUUUAAUGUCAAUCAAUGUGUUGUAUUCCUCUUUC